CACAUCAUGAGCAUGCCUGUGGUUUUACUUGCUUCCUUCUAGGAGCCAAUAUGAGGUGACGUGGUCCGUGUGAUGGUAGUAAAGCCAUGGAAGACGGUGUGCUUGAAGCCAUUCACUAGAUUCAACACCAGUGAAGACCUCUGCCUUCAGGACCACAACAUGGAACAAUGGAUUCCACCUCGACAGUCAACUUACACUGAGAGUACAGAGAGACAUGGAGUCAUUUGGAUGAGACUGCAAGAAGCCUGAUCAUCGGAAGCACACUUACCGUACAUGGAAUUAGAUGCAUCUUUGAUCGUUUUUAUGUUUUAGUUAAUUGCUGAAGGGUAAAAAAAUCAGGAUGUCAAAAGGCUGAAUCUGGUGCGAGCCAACCAGCCAUGCUGUCCAAAAUAGCAGUGGGUCUCAUCCUGACCCUUCUAAUCCUUCUGACCAUCAUCGGCAAUGUGCUGGUGUGCCUGGCGGUGUGCGCUUCACGACGCCUUCGCUGUCUGACCAACUGCUUCAUCGUGUCACUGGCGGUGACCGACCUUCUGCUCGGCCUGGCCGUGCUGCCCUUCUCGGCCCACCUGCAACUCACCGACGACUGGCCGUUGGGCCCGGUCUUCUGCAACUUCUACAUCUCCAUGGACGUCAUGCUCUGCACCGCCUCCAUUCUCACGCUGCUGGCCAUAAGUAUGGACCGCUAUUUGGCCGUCACAAUGCCGCUCAGAUACAGCUCCCUGGUUCUGCCUUGGAGAGUAUUUGUGGCCAUGGCGAGCGUCUGGACUGUGUCGGUGGCUGUGUCCUUCUUGCCCAUCUACAUGGGCUGGAACACCGUCAAUGGGACAGUGCAAAACUACGACCGGCGGACUCCCGAGAGGACGUGUCGCUUCGAGCUCAACAGGCCUUACGUGCUGACCGACUCGCUUCUCACCUUCUAUCUGCCCUUGCUGGUCAUGUGCUGCACUUACCUGAGAAUACUUCGCAUCGCACGGGCACAGAUUAAGCGCAUCAUCAGUGCUCGGCCCACGUGCAUCACCACCUACACGAGCCACCAAUCGGCCGUCACAACUGUCCUCUCCAGUGUCCCGGCAUCGGCACUGCGGGAGCACAAGGCCACAGUGACACUCGCAGCAGUGAUAGGAGCCUUUGUGGUGUGCUGGCUACCUUACUUCAUCCUGUUCACGACGCUUGGCCUACAGGAAAAUCCCGACCCUAACAAAGUGCCAGAAUUUUCCAUCGUGCUGUGGCUGGGUUAUGCCAACUCGGCCCUCAAUCCCAUCCUCUACGGAGCUCUUAACAGGGACUUCAGGUCCGCCUACACGCACCUACUGAGAUGUCGUUGGCCGACAUACAGUGGGUGGAGGAGCAGACAUGCUUCUGCCACCGAAACAAUAGCAGGCAGAGAACAGCUCAUGGAGGUCACGCUGCUGUGUGGACACGCAUCUGCCAGCUGCAGGGCGGGUCAAACUGUUCACAACUUCAUGCCACAAGAGACAAAUAACAGGACUAACACAAGCAUGACCCAAUUUGUAAAGGGCACAACUGACAGCGAUGUUGAUGGCAGUUAAAAGGUAAACUAAUAUGCUCUCUGCAAUGUGGACGAUCGUUGAUAGUCACCACCUACGAAUGUGAGCUGACUCAACCUCUAGUCAAUCACAGGGCACAUUAUAGAAGGCACCCACGGUCACUGAGUGAAAACUGAACACGCGCUGCCUACACGCAUGUCAUGAAAAUGAAACACUACAGCAUCAGUGACGACACACUAAGAGAUGUUUUCGAUGCUAUGUUGGUCAGUGUACUAAAUCUGUGGCCGAAAAAACAUAUAUAAAACAAUUUAGAAUGCUUGAGAAUUACCAGGAUUACCACAUUAAAAAUUGUAUUGCACUUAACAGCAAUAAAAGCUAUUGUAAAUUGAGGAAAUUCAUUUUUAUUUUUGCUUUUGUGGGUUCCUCAUGUAAUGACAGAAAAUGAGAGGCCCAAAUUUCAGUCACACGUUAAUGUGGCUCUGAUCCUCAAAGAAAUGAAUGAUCUGGAAAAGAGGAGCAUCCUCAGGAUUCAGGACUGAUAAACGUUCAACAAUCGAUGACAACAUAGUGAUGAGAAAAGAUGAUCCUUUCUGAUCCAGUCUGUGUGCCUGUUGUCACACGCCGUAGUCUUAAUCUAAGAGUGGAAACGAAAGACCUCUGCAGCACCACUUCUCUUCACA